AUGAGAGCCAAACGUUCAAAGAAGUACCGCAAGUUAAUGCACCAGUAUGAGCUGGCAUUCAACUUCCGUGAACCGUACCAAGUGCUGGUUGAUUCGAAUUUCCUUCGCGCAACACACUCGUUCAAAAUGGAGAUUAUUCCUGCGCUCGAACGCACACUGCAGGGUCAAGUCAAGCCUCUAUUGACAAAAUGCUCCCUCGCAGCCGUCAUGGCCAGCCAACCCAUUAACCCCAGAACAAACAAUCCCUACCGCCCCGAUCAUCUCCCCCCUCCCACAGUCGUCCCAUUACGCCACUGCUCCCACAACAAAGACGACACCCCCAUCGACGAAAACGACUGCCUUCUGUCCCUCUUCUCGCCCUCGCCGAACUCCAACUCCAAAAAGAAUAAAGAGCAUUACAUCCUCGCGACUGCGGACCCGCAAUCCCCCGAAAAGGUCGUCGCGAGUACACAGGGCGAUAUGAAGAAGAAGAAGCGCGCGGAGAUGGACGCCGUCGAUGCUGUGCGGAAGUCGCGCGCGCUGAGGGCUCAUACGCGUGCUAUCCCGGGUGUGCCGAUUGUGUAUGUGAAGAGGUCGGUUAUGGUGCUUGAGCCGAUGAGUGUGCAGUCCGAGGGUGUUAGGGAUGGGUUUGAGCAGGGCAAGUUCCGGGUUGGAUUGGAUGAUGAGUCGAAUUUGGGGAAGAGGAAGAGGGACGGCGAGGGCGGUGGUGAGGGUGAGCCAAAGAAGAAGAAGAAGAAUAAGAUUAAGGGGCCGAAUCCGUUGAGUGUGAAGAAGCCCAAGAAGAGGGAGCCGGAUGCACAGGGGAAGAAGCAGGAGCAGAAGCCGCAGAAGCCCAAGAAGAGUGAGGGUGGUGAUGCGCCGGAGCAGAAGGAGGGUGAUUCGAGUGCACCGAAGCCUAAGAGGCGGCGUCGUCACCAUAGCAAGAAGGAGGGUGGUGACGGUGGUGACGGUGGUGACGGUGGUGAGCCGUCCAACGAGGGCCCCGCGGAUUCGAUGGAUGUUGAGUGA